UGUUACGUCCGGUCGCGUUGGAGUGCGCCGUUCAAAAGCACUGGGUAUGAAUAGUUUGAAAACUCGAGAAAAACUGGAUCGAGGUUAGUGAAAGGCGGCUUUUUACAAAAUGGCGAACAGUGCAGAUGUGUCAGAACCUUCGUAUCUGAUUGUAAAUAAACAACUUCAAGAUGUCAUACGGCUGCAACACACAGCUGUGGCCCGUAUAAAAGCCAAGAUGUCAAGGAAAGACGAUCGUGUGCCACGUGAAGAAUAUGAGAAGCUGAUCCGGGAACUUGAGGAAGAAAAACUUGAGCAUGUCAAGACUAGAGCAAAACUGGCCAGUGAAAGUGAAAGAUUACAGUUUGCCUUAGGGGAAAUAGACAUUUUAAACAAGCAGCUACAGCGUGAAAAGUUGUCAUUUGAAAAUGCGUUUGGCCAGGUUAAAAGCAAAGCCUUUGAGGAAAACCAGGAGAAAAAGGAGUUUCAAACAAAGUGCCAAGCAAUGGAAGAGCUCUGUUCCAAACAGGAUGAUAUUUUAACAACAAAAGAUGCAAAAAUAAAGGAACUCAAACUUCGUCUUGUCCGCCAGAAAGAGAUUCAUCAACAACAACUUUCUGACCUGGACAUUCAUCGGCAACAAGAACAAUACAUUAAUUACAAUACGCAAAAAUCUCAAGACAAAGGCAAAAGAACUCGUCAGAAACGAGUAUCUUUCAGAUAACCUAUACCCAAUGCACUUUGAUGAGAUCACAAUAACCUCAUUAUAAAAGUCAUUAUUAUUAACCCCUUUUUCAUUAUUUUAUUUAUUUUUGCCUCUUACACAGGCAAAAAUAAAUUACAGUUGUUUGUAGGGAUCUAAAAGAAUAGCUAUUAUGAUAUUAUAGUACACAGGGGUUUCAAAAUGUUCUGAAGUAGGCAGCCGACUCUGGAAAAGUAGGCAGCUGUGAUAAUGCCAAGAUUGUUUGUCAGGAGCAGACUGUUAUGACCAGAGUAGCCAGCGACAUACAAUCAAGUAUCCGGCAGAACUCCGGCGGUCACCAGCUUGUUUUGAAACCACUGUUACAACAAUUUAUAAUCAAAUUAGAUAAAAUUACAAUUUAGAGUCAUCUAUAAAUAAUGUGGCAAGGAAACCCUUUGACCCCAAAGGGUAUAACACGUGAAUCAUACAUUAUGGUCACAAGAAUAAAGAAAAUGAUCACCAACCAAAGAAGCUCCUGAUUUUUAAACAAAUUCUCCUCUUCUUCACCU